AUGUCCAGGGUGAGCGGCCCCGGGCCGGCCGGCGGCCCCAAGGAGAAGCGCUCCUUCAGCAAGCGGCUGUUCCGGGGCCGGGCCGGCGCGGGCUCGGGCUCGGCCCGCUCGCUCAGCAGCUUCAUGAGCCGGGUGCUCAAGACCCUCUCCACCCUGUCGCACUACAGCUCCGAGCCCGAGGCGGGCCGGGGCCCGCCGCCCCCGCGCCUGCCCCCGCCGCCCAGAGGCCUGGCCAGCUGCUUCCACCCGGCCCGCCCGCCGCAGAGCCCCGAGCCCGAGCCGCCGCCCGAGGCGCCGGAGCCGGGCCCGGAGCCGGUCCCCGGGGUGGCCGGGCUGAAGAACCACGGGAACACGUGCUUCAUGAACGCCGUGCUGCAGUGCCUCAGCAACACCGAGCUCUUCGCCGAGUACCUGGCGCUGGAGCAGUACCGCGGCGGGGGCGGGGGCGAGGCGGGCGGCGAGCCGCCCCGCGCCGGGGACGGGACCCCCCCGGACAACGGCGCCCCGCCGCCGCCCAAGGGCGAGGUCACCGAGCAGCUGGCGCACCUGGUGCGGGCGCUCUGGACGCUGGAGUACACCCCGCAGCACAGCCGCGAGUUCAAGAGCAUUGUCUCGAAGAACUCCAUGCAGUACCGAGGGAACUCGCAGCACGAUGCCCAGGAAUUUCUGCUCUGGCUGUUAGACAGAGUUCAUGAAGACCUGAACAAUUUAGUGAAAUACAAUGGCAGACCUCCAUUGAAGCCACCGUUGGAAGAUGCUGCGCUGCUCGAGGCACCAGGCUUUCCAAUCAGUAGCACUUUCGUACAGGAACUCUUUCAAGCCCAGUACAGGUCCUCUCUGACGUGCCCUCAUUGUCAGAAGCAGAGUAACACCUUUGACCCUUUCCUCUGCAUCUCUCUGCCAAUUCCUCUGCCUCAUACACGACCUCUGUAUAUCACUGUGGUGUAUCAAGGGAAGUGUUCGCAUUGCAUGCGCAUCGGUGUGGCAGUGCCUCUGUCUGGAACAGUGGCGAAAUUGCGCGAAGCAGUAUCCAUGGAAACCAAGAUACCCACUGAGCAGAUUGUGCUGACGGAGAUGUACUACGAUGGGUUCCAUCGCUCCUUCUGUGACACUGAUGACCUGGACACGGUUCAGGACAGUGACUGCAUUUUUGCCUUUGAGACCCCUGAGAUAUUUAGGCCUGAGGGGAUCCUUAGUCAGAGAGGAAUUCAUGUGAACAAUAACCUGAAUAACUUGAAAUAUGGCACUGACCACCACAGAACAUCAUCUUGUACACAAGGGGCGGUGAAGUCUGGGAAACAGGAAACCUCUACUCGCUCAGCGGCCAGUGACAAGCUUGUAUUGCUGGUCUGCAACAGAGCAUCUACCGGACAGCAGGGGAAAAGGUUUGGCCAGCCCUUUGUGUUGCACCUGGAGAAAACAAUUGUGUGGGAUCUCCUCCAGAAGGAAAUCCUGGAGAAGAUGCAAAAUAUUCUGCGGCCCUCAGCCUGCAUUCAGGUGUGUCCAUUCAGCUUGCGGGUGGUUAGUGUUGUGGGCAUAACAUACCUAUUACCUCAGGAGGAGCGGCCCCUCUGCCACCCCACUGUGGAACGGGCACUGAAAUCAUGUGGACAGGGUGGAACUGCUCAUGUGAAGUUGGUAGUAGAAUGGGACAAAGAGACUAAAGAUUAUUUGUUUGUGAACAUGGAGGAUGAGUACGUCCCAGACUCCGAAAGUGUCCGCCAGCAGAGGGAACUUCAUCACCAGCCUCAGUCCUGCACUUUAUCUCAGUGUUUCCAACUUUACACCAAAGAGGAACAGCUUGCUCCAGAUGAUGCAUGGCGCUGCCCCCAUUGCAAGCAGCUGCAGCAGGGGAGUAUUACAUUGAGCCUAUGGACUUUACCCGAUGUUCUCAUCAUACAUCUAAAGAGGUUUAGACAGGAAGGAGACCGAAGAAUGAAACUGCAAAACAUGGUCAAGUUCCCUCUGACCGGCUUGGAUAUGACCCCUCACGUCGUCAAACGCAGUCAGAGUAGCUGGAGUCUGCCAUCUCACUGGUCCCCCUGGAGACGACCCUACGGUCUUGGAAGGGAUCCCGAGGAUUAUGUCUACGACCUGUAUGCGGUGUGCAAUCACCAUGGCACUAUGCAAGGAGGGCACUAUACAGCAUAUUGUAAGAACUCUGUAGAUGGCUUGUGGUACUGCUUCGAUGAUACUGACGUGCAGCAGUUGGCAGAAAAUGAAGUCUGCAAGCAGACAGCUUAUAUCCUCUUCUACCAGAGGCGCACGACGAUCCCAUCCUGGUCGGCUAACAGCUCUGUGGCAGGCUCUACAAGCUCUUCUCUGUGUGAACACUGGGUGAGCCGGCUUCCUGGCAGCAAACAGCCCAGCAUCGCCUCAGCAGCUUCCUCCCGACGCACGUCUCUGGCCUCGCUUUCCGAAUCGGUUGAGCUGACUGGGGAAAGGAGUGAAGAUGAUGGGGGGUUCUCGACUCGACCCUUUGUAAGAAGCGUCCAGCGUCAGAGUUUGUCUUCUAGAUCCUCUGUCACCAGCCCUCUGGCAGUAAAUGAAAAUGGUGUUCGGCCAUCCUGGUCGCUGUCUGCGAAGCUGCAGAUGCGCUCCAACUCUCCUUCACGCUUCUCUGGAGACUCCCCUGUGCGCACUUCUGCCUCGACACUGGAGAAGAUCGGGGAGGCUGCUGAUGAUAAAGUGUCCACCUCCUGCUUUGGCAGCUUAAGGAAUCUCUCCAGUAGUUACCCGGAACCAAGUGACAGCAGCAGCAGGCGAGAACAUAGGACGGUGGGCAGAGCCCCUCUGGCUGUCAUGGAAGGGGUGUUCAGAGAGGAAUCUGCUGCAAGGAAAUCAAAUUCUGCUUUCAUGGACCCAUAUGGGAAAAGCUCGGUGCAAGCAGACAGGAGCCAGCUGGCUCUGGACCCUUUUGAUAACAACAAUCAAAUUGCUUUUGUGGAUCAGAGUGACUCUGUAGAGAGCUCUCCAGUCAAAGAGGUGAAAGCCCCCAGUGGGACAGGGCUGCUCUCCGAGAAGGCAGAUGGCACCCCCAAGAAGGCUCCCAGCUCCAAAGGCAUUUCUGAGCCAGAUAAAAAUUUGAGGAAAGGAAGGACAGUCUUGUCUAGCCAAGAAUCCCCAAUUUCUCACCCCUCUCCUGCCUCUGCUCCUCCUUUAAAGACCUCUCAGAAGGUUUCCCGUUCCAGAAGCAAAACAGAUUCUUCCAGGGCCAGUGGGCGACAUGCAUCUCCUGCUUCUGGCCAGGCUAGAAAGGAAUCUGGCGCCAAACUCCAGGAAAGCCAGGCUUUGUCAUCGACUCAACAGAAACACAAGUCAGUUUCUUCCCCAUCCUCCACAGCUGCCAAGAAAACCACUUCGGGGUCAGUGACACGGGGGCCGUCUGCUGGGAAGAGCCUCAGCAGGGAGGGCUCCAAGGUAAGCCUUGGCUCGGAUAAGACCAGUGUCACUUCCAGCUCAAGAACCAGCUCUCCUCGGAUAAGCCAGCCUAGAAGCGAGAGCAGAGCAAUGGACAGCAGGCAUGUCCGGAGCAACUCCAUGGCCAGCCUGAGGUCCCCAAGCAUCAGCAUGCGUUCCGCUUUAAAGAGGGACAGCAAGUCGGAAGAUAAAGGGCUGUCUUUCUUCAAAUCAGCCCUGAGGCAGAAGGAGACCCGACGGUCGGCUGAUCUGGGAAAGACGACAAUGCUUUCAAAAAAGACUGCAGGUGGCUCCUCCAAGCCAGGCAGUAAAAAUGUGGCAGAAGACAAGUCCGAGAAGAGCAGCCUCCCACCAUCCUCUCACGCAAACCCCAACAUUGCUGCGAAAGAGAAGCUUGCCCUGAAAGAUGCCAUGCCCAGCAAACAUUCUCUGCUGUCCAGCCGCAAAUCCAAGUCUUCCCAGCUAGACCCCGGAGCGCAGUCUCCUUCCAGUGACAAACAGUCUGCUGACAAGUCAUUGAAAAAGUUACCUUCCAGCAUGCACAUGUCUGCACGGCCUUCUCCGAAACCUCAGUGA